UUACACUGUUCUACUGUUCUACACUGGAACUUAUUUAAAUGAUUAUGUCUGUAUUUGUAUGACCUUUUUUGUAAUGCUUGGUGUUUUCACGUAUCUUAAUUUGACAGACUUUCCAAUGUUAUUUGGCCACUUUUGGAUCUCUGCUGAGGCCUCAAUCAGUCAUGCCGGUCCAUGUUACACUAACCAAAGUGUGCUUCACUAAUAAAAAGGGGAGUAAAUGAAAUGAGCCGGGCUGAAGCUCCACUAAAUCCCACGCUGUGAUUGAAUCUCCCCUGUGGGCUUUCACUGAGAGCACACAAAUCGAUGGGGUAAAGUCGUUCCAGCCUCCAGCGAGGAGACGCGAGCCGCUGCGCUGUCACCGCGGCGGAAUGGCCCUUUAACUCCUCCACCAAUAGGAAUCGUCCAAGCAGAUGCGUUUUGGAAUUCAGAACGUCCACCGACCAAUCCGCGCUCGGCUUUCUCUGCCUGCGUGCGCUCGUGCUCACUGAUUUUUCAUUUUUCCCCCUCUCGACGGUGGAUACGGCUCGACUUUACGCCGUGCCAAAGUUCCACUCGGAGCCCGCGGAGCGACGUUGUGUAACUGAGAGUUAUGGGUUUCUAGCACUGACCGACGUCGUCCAACCUCGUACAUGGGAGAAAGCACUGAUGUGUCGCUUCCAGGUUCGUGCGUAUUUUGACUGGGAUCUCGCAGACGCUGGUAUUGUAACAAUGGACAUGAGGCAUGGCUGGCUGUGGAGUGCAGCAGGCCGGGAUCCUGCUCCCCAUCAGCAGAGCUGAGGACAAACAGAGAAGAGAGGACUCUCCACAGCCAACGGCUGGAUACUGCACCAAGGCUGCACCCCCCAGACCACCAUUAGGUCUUUUCUAGCAUUUAUUCCCUUGUUUUUUUUUUUUAUUUGGCGGCCUAGCUGAUAUUUAAGACGUAAAUACCUUACCCAAACCCACGAGCUAAGCAUGAGGACCAGCAGGUCGAGCCUCCUGCUGGGCUGUGUGCUCCUCUGCUCCGCCUCCCUGCUCUACCUGGGCAUGAGUGGGACGCAGUGCCCUCAAAAAAGCCAUCGCUACCGAUGGAUGGAGCUCAACCUGGGCUCAUCUAAUCAGAGCCUGUCGCUCCCUGACAACUUCCCUGAAGAUACACCGCUCAUCUUCAUAGGAGGCUUUCCCAGGAGCGGCACCACGUUGAUGCGCGUCAUGCUAGAUGCCCACAACUCUGUGCGUUGUGGAGAAGAGACCAGAGUGAUUCCCCGUCUUUUAGCAAUGCGGGCCACCUGGAGUCGCUCCGUUAAGGAGAGGAUACGAUUGGAUGAGGCAGGCGUCACGGAUCAGGUUUUGGACUCGGCUGUAAGAGCUUUUCUGUUGGAGGUGAUAGUUGGCCACGGGGAACCUGCACCUCGCCUUUGCAACAAGGACCCGUUUGCAUUGAAGUCUCUGUCUUACCUGGCGCGCAUCUUCCCGAAAGCCAAGUUCGUGCUAAUGCUACGAGACGGCCGAGCAGCUGUCCAUUCCAUGAUAUCGCGCAAGGUGACCAUCUCUGGCUUCGACCUGAACAGCUACAGGGACUGUCUGACCAAGUGGAGCAUCGCAGUGGAGAUCAUGCACAGCCAGUGCCAGGCGGCCGGUCCGAGCAGAUGUCUGCCCGUACGUUACGAGCAGCUUGUCCUCCACCCUGAGGAGGAAAUGAGAACAUUGCUUCAGUUCCUAGACCUGCAGUGGGACCCAUCAGUGUUGCAUCAUGAAGAGAUGAUUGGAAAGGCUGGUGGUGUGUCCCUGUCCAAGGUUGAGCGCUCGACGGACCAGGUAAUGAAGCCGGUGAACACAGAGGCGCUCUCCAAGUGGGUGGGAAACAUCCCCUCUGACGUGAUGAGCGAGAUGGCUGAAAUCGCCCCCAUGCUGAUUCGCCUGGGCUACGACCCUCGUGCCAGCCCUCCUGACUACACAAGGCCAGAGCCCAAUGUCUCUCCAUACAACUACUCACAGAGUGUGAAAGCAACCGAAAAUGAACAUCCUGGUUAAGAAGAAGACAAACCAACGGACUCCUCUUCUCUCUUUUAUGAUAUGAAUGCACCUUAAACAUGGACUUCCAGUUUUAUGGUAAUUACGAUGAAUCUCAAGGGGAAGUUUUGUACGUGUAUUUUUGAAUUGCUCAGAAAACUUGAGUGUCGUGUUCAUGUCUUGUACCCGGGUGGAGUAAGUCAUGGUUUUGGAGUUUAAUGGGUCUAUGUAUGUGGACUACCUGCUCAGGGAAGUUUGCUGCUUCUCACUCUCCAACGUUUCCUCUGCGCUGAAAGUCCACAGUUACACUGCAUUUUGACACCCUCUCACCUCAUACCUGGAAGUAUUUCAACAUGUAUUUAAGUUGUUGCAAUUUCACCACAAAUGUGAAUGUGUCUUUCGACAAAUCUUGUCCAUGAAGCAUAAUGACUGUAUAUUUUUGGAGAUGUAGGUUUAUUUUCUUAAUAAAUUAUUUUGGUGUUGACCAUGCAUUCAGGAAUCUGAAAGUUGUUUACCAUGAACCGAGGAUUUGUAAUUGUUGUAUAAUGUUAAAUAAGAAUAAAAAAGGAUCCUAAAUGUGA